AAGGAAAAAACCCAAAAAACAAAUAAAUAAGGAAGAAAAAUAUCUAUUUUAGUAGAAAAAUCCACGACAACUUCCUUUUAUUAUAGCCACAAACACAGACCGACUCCGGCGCACAUUAGCCACCGUUGGUUAUCUGGCGCUAAACUACACUUCUCCAGCCACUGCAGGUUCUGCACCACUUGCUUCUUCUUCCUCUACAACAAGCCUUUCAAUAUAACCUGUUUCCUCUCUCUCUCUCUCUCUGCAGGUUUGGAGUUUGGUGUGCUAGUUGCUAUGGCUUCUUUGAGACCAACCCUUUCUCAACUUUCCCUUUCCAAAUCCAAUUUUUCCAGACACCCCACAAGGAAUAUUAGUCCCCCAGAUUGUUUUUUAGUCAGAAGGAUCGGAAAGUUUCAAACUUUCACUGCUUCCAAGUUCAUGGUCUCCUGUACUUCUCAAAAUUCUCAGAACCAAAAUAAUGGAGAUGAAGCUCCAGAGUCAUUAUUCAUGAAGGAAUUGAAGAGGAGGGGCAUGAACCCUACAUCUUUGCUUGAGGAUUACAAGCAAAGCAGCAACGUACUUGAUGAAGAGGUGUAUGUGAAUGAAGAAGAUAGAGGUUCCCCAAAAAGAAGUGCUGUCUCAACCAAUAUUGAGAGGGGUCUUGAAAAUCAGAGGGAGCGAUCUAUGGCGCUGAAUAGUGAAGGUCUUGAGGGCUUGGUACCUCGAGCUAAACUUCUGUUGACACUGGGAGGAACAUUCUUCUUGGCAUUUGGGCCGUUGAUCCUCGUAACCGUUGCAUUGUUUUCUGCUCUUUACUUUUAUUUUGGACCGUCUUUUGUUCACGACGGAAGCAAUAUGUCUUUAUCUCCUCCACAAUACGUGGACCCCUAUGAACUUCUAGAGGAUGAAAGGAUAUCUCAGAUAGCACCUCGGCUAAAUUGAAGGCGACGAAGUUACACAUUUUAACUCUUAGGUAUUCAGCUAUACAUAUAUCAAUUUCUGUUCACUUAGCCUCUGUUGAUUUAGCUCCUUUGUAAAAUAUCAUCCUGGAAAAAACUUGUUAUCUAUUUUGCGUUCAUCAUUGGCUAAAUUCUUUUCAUGUGCCUUUUUGCAUUUUGCAUAUAUGUUGUGUAUAUUUGAAAUCUAAAUGAAAGCCCCAUUAGAAGUAGCAUUACUAUA